AUGGCAGGCCUAAAAUAUUUAUAUGAUGCAAAUGCUAAAUGCAAGUAUCGCGUCGACUGUAUUUUACCAUCAGACUCAAUAGUAUUCGGCGACAAACAAGAAGAGGAUUUUUCUGGGCAUAUCACAAUUAGUAAUUCAGAACUUCCAAGCAAAGUUGAUCUUCGUCCCGGAAUGACAGCAGUUGAAGAUCAAGGAAAGAUUGGCAGUUGUGUAGCAAAUGCUUGUGCUGAGAAUGAUAAACCGAUUGAUAUUAGCCGGUUAUUUCUUUACUACAAUGCCCACAGGAGAGCGAAACAAUCAAAUGAGCGUCUUGUUGAUAAAGGCUGUAAUAUUUCUAAUGCAAUUAUGGCAUUGAGUGAACACGGAACGUGUGAAGAAGAAUUGUGGGCAUUGGAUGUGACAAAAAUAAAUGAAUGUUCAAUUGCUGAGCUGUAUGGCCAUCCAGAUAAUUACAAAAUAAUUGAUUCAUUACAGCUCAAUGUUAAUCUAAAUGAAAUGAAGUCGUGUCUUGCACAAGGUUUUCCAUUCAUAUUUGGAUUACAAAUGAGUAAAGACUUUUCCCAUGGAGGCAAAAGGACCAAUGGCUAUAUGAGAGCACCUUUGACUGGAGAAAAAGAAGGUAUCAAAGGAUAUUGUUAUAUUGCAUAUGAUUAUAUGAUUAACCCGGGAUUCUUGCUGGGAGAGCCACACGCUAUUCGCAGCGUGGAAAAGGAUGAUAUGAGUUAUGACCAUUCGAAUGCAGAAGAUUCAACGGAUUGUCGAUUUGACGAAAACAGCGAUGAAGGAGAAAACGAUGAUGAAGAUGAUUGGUACAUAGAGGAAGAAGAUGACGGAAGUGGUGUAAACCAGCAACACGACCGAGGAGAAGAAAGUGAAGUCGAAUAA